AAAAACGAAACCAGGCGCUUACCUCGACAACCCGUGCAGGAGCUUUUGCAAAGAUGCAUAUUUUGACAUUAGUGUUUGGAGUGAUCCUUUGCGUCCAUCUAUCAGCUGGUGACAAGUGUGAAGUUUGUUACCUGAACGACUGUUGCGAAGACCCCAUAUCAUCUGGUGGGAGAAACAUCAAAACAAGUGAAGGAAAAAUAUUCGGAGCGUUUUGUGAGCAAGGUUGGACGUACAUAUUUAGACGAUUCAACGGGGUAGAGGAUUUCUAUCGUACUUGGGUCGAGUAUCAACAUGGUUUCGGUGACCCAAGAUGGAGAGAAUACUUCAUUGGACUGGACAACCUUGCCAGUUUUGUGAAAGGGCGUGAAUGCAAAAUGCGAAUUGAUUUGGAGGCAUGGCCACCCGUAUCACCGGCUAAACGAUUUGCUGAAUAUUCAAUAUUCUCCAUCGGUGACAAGACCGAUAAGUACCGUCUUACCAUUGGAGGAUACAGUGGAACAGCUGGUGAUUCAAUGGCAGCUCAAAAUGGACAACGGUUUUCGACGUACGAUAAAGAUCAUGAUAUUGCCAAUGAAAAUUGUGCAAGCAGUUAUAAAGGAGCGUGGUGGUACGGGAAGUGCCACGCUUCAAAUCUGUUCGGUUGGUACAAAGGACCAGUUUGCCCAAGUUUUGCCCAAUGUGUCGCAUGGUAUAAUUGGCCAGCAAUCAUCGGAUCCCCUAAUAAUUAUUACUACUCCUUUAAGAAGGCCUCAAUGAAAAUACAUUGCUGUUAAGUUCUAAUUAAGUUUUCUGUACAUUAAAGUGAAAUA